AAAUCGACACGAGUGUAAACUAGUGGGUGUUUAUGAAUGAAAAAUUAACCAUUAUACAUUUGCGAAAUUUGGGGAGUUACAUGUGUCAAGUAUCAAAAUGACCGGCUUUUAACAAGUCCUUCACCCGAACGAAAUAAAAUAAGUGUAACUUCCUAAAAAUAUAAGUGAUUUGAAUACAUUCGUAAGGGUCGAGGGACAUUUUCGGUCAAUAGAAAAAUACAAGUUUUUAGUAGUUUUAAGUCGUGACCACUGGCAUGUACUUAUACGCUAAAAUAAACUUGUAUCACUUUCGCAACACCACCUAUUCACCAUAAUGCUAGUAGCAACCCCAGGGCAGGCAGCGACUUAUUCCCUUCUCGGCAGUAGUGCGCCUAAGAAGACAUGUCUUACCUCGUCUGCUACACCAAAGAGCACCACCAAUAACUCCACUGCGACAACUAGUAUUUGCAACAACAACAAAAGCAGCAGUAGCACAGCAUCUACGCUCAUGAAAACAAUAUCAGUACGGCUUAAUCGAGGCACCGAAUUUUUGAAAGAUACUGUGCAAAAAGCGCUUAUCAGCAACACCUCUAACUCUAAUAAUACAGCCACCAACUCUUCAAAUAGCAACUUCCGCAACACCAACAUCAACAACAUAAAUACAGCUGUUGUUGGGUCACUAAAACAUAUUCAUGUGAAGUCAGCAACAGCAACGUCUUCAUCAAACGCUUUAGGAGCAAAGUCCACAGUUUUGGCGGCAGCACCAUCAACAUCGUCAGGUGCAAUUGUUAGGACGAAAAUUGCUGCCAACAAUUCCAAGGCACUCAAGCUCCACACCGUUCCGCCCACCAAAAUACAUCGCUACCCACAAGAGCGGCAGGAAGUAAGCAGCACGGAUAGUAUCAACAAAGAAAUGUGCCAUUUUAAGCCGAUACUUUCGGCACCAACAAUGCGUUGGAAAUGUGGUAGUAAGUCGAGAGGCGGUGCAACCAUAAAAAUACCAAUAGCAUGUUUAGCAACGAAUAUUAAAAACUUGAACUGUGAUGACUGUUCGAUGGUAACCUAUAGCAGCAGCGAAGAUGAGAAAGCAGUAGAUGAAAACGAAGUUGAAGAAGAAGAUGAUAAGCAUCCACAAAAAUACCACAGUUUUAAGCCAAAGCCAAGUUCCACCUUACUGACCACAAUCAUAACUUCCCCUUCGCAUCAAUCUGCAUUCGUCCGUCUGGUCGCACAAAUGAAGAAUUUGGUAAACAUAAAUCAAAGACCCAGUGAACAACCGCAGAGUAAGUCCUCUAAAAAGAUGGGUCAGUUAAAGAAACGCCACACGGCAACACGUAGCCGCCCUUCGAAAGCAGCUGUUUCAUUGAAACUGCCACAGCUGCGAAAAUCGCCUGCCAAUUUGCCGUUGACGCAGGUCUUCCUUCGCAGCCGCAGGCAAUCCUUUGUACAAGUUAAGAAUCUCGAUUUGCCUGCUGAGCUUAUUAUCAAAAAGGGGAAGAAAGUUACUGCAGAUGCAACUUCCAAUAAUAACACUGAGGCGGCUAGCAAAUCAGCCAAGGACAUUACAACCACCACAACAACAACAACAACAAAGAAAGCCAAACGUAAUGUUAGCAAAUCUAAAGUCAUCAAUAUUGUGGCAUUUGCGCAGGAAAAGGGAUCCGCUCAAAAACAAAGCAGCGGAACCACAACAACAAGCAAAGAUGAACUGACUACUGAUAUAAACGUCGCUCCAGAUUCGGAAGUCAAGCUCAAUCAGCGUAAACGAAAGCGAAUCGAAGCUCCCAGUUCCGGGGAUGAAGUUGUGGGAUCCAAAGUGAACGACGUUAUAGCCAAUGAUUCCAGUGAACAAGAUGUCUUGCCGCCGCUGCGCAAAAGUGCAAGGCUUUCAAAAGAUGGUGGUAGUACCGAUUUGAUGAAAAGAGGGAAUUUGAAGAAGAUUACCGUUAGAAAAUGUAAAGCGCGAAGCAUGUCUAAACGUUCGACAGAUUCAUUUUCCCCACCAAUGACACGCUCACGGCUGAAAGAACUCAUGCAAAAUAAAUCGAGAACGACUGUGGGAAAUAUCAGAAGACAGUAGGUUGUCUGCGCCAUUAGGCAACGAAAUUAACAACCAUAAGUACUCAUAUUUUUUGUGACUUCCGUGCGUUGUGCCCGUUUGUACUGCUAUGUUAAGUUAUGUAUAGAGUCGAGUGAAGUCAUAACAAGGCAUUCAUGGAGCAGAGCCCCAACAAGGUAUGCCAGCAACCAAUUUAAAAACGCCUAAAUUAAAAUGUGUCACUGGAAGUUUGAAAAAAAAACAUGGCAUGACAUUUUUUUACUCAAACUGCAUGUUAGCGCUCUGUCCAUGCGUUUAUUAAAAUACCCUGUGUGCUGAAAAUUUAUUACUAAUAUAUUGCUAUUUUUAUUUUUCUUGUAAUAAAUCAUAAAUAAAUCGUCUAAGUCUUAUUUUUGAUACAAAUACGAAUGCAAAUA